AGAAGGGAUAGCAAUAGCUUCAAAGCUUUAAUCCUCGGUCUUCAAUCUUCAAGGGAGAAAUGGGCACAGCGGAAGUUGAGACAAUCAGUCUGCCACGUGGUGGCUUUGCCUUAUCCGGGAAGAGGCCACAUCAACCCCAUGAUGAACCUCUGCAAGCUACUAUCUUCAAAAAACCCUCUACUCCUCAUCACCUUCGUCGUCACCGAAGAGUGGCACGGGUUCAUCGAAUCCGACCCAAAACCCGACAACAUCCGAUUAGUCACCAUACCCAACGUCAUACCCUCCGAGCACGGUCGCGCGAAAGAUUUUGCCGCGUUUUUGGAAGCUGUGUGGGCCAAGGUGGAAGCUCCGGUUGAGCAGCUUCUGGAUGGGCUCGAGCCGCCGGUGACCGCCAUAGUUGCUGAUACCUUCCUUGUUUGGGCACUGAGGGUCGGGAAUAGAAGGAAUAUUCCCGUGGCUCCGCUUUGGACCCCGUCGCCGACGAUGUUCUCAAUGUUGCAUCACUUUGAGCUGUUCAAAGAAAAUGGCCACUUCCCCCUUGAUGUCUCUGGUGCGUGUACACUUACCGCGAUCAUUAUUAUUGGAGUAUUUCCUAAGUUACUUUAAAGUAUCUUAUAAUUCAAAAUUUUUAAUUAUUAAAUAUUUAAUUAAAAUUUUUAU